UGUACCACAUUUGUAACCAUAUAAUGAACAUCUCCCUCAACCCUUUCAUCCAUCCACAUCAAAACACAAGUGAAUUCUAGAAAAGUUCAUUGAGAAAUAGAAACUAUCUUCACAAAAUGAAGAAAGUGUUUGUAGCAUUCUUAACACUGCAAGUUGUAUUAGUCCUUACAAUUAUAGCUGCAGAGCCAGCAGGGAAGGGCUACAAUUGUGAAAAGGCAAAAAGCUCAGUGACACCAUGCAUAAAAUACCUCACUAGUAAAGUUGAUACCCCUUCAGCUGCAUGUUGCAAUGGUGUCAAGGAAGUGAAAUCAUCAGCACCAACCAAAGAUGAAAAAAUUGCUGCAUGUCAGUGCCUUAAAGAAGUAACAACUCACAUUCCUAACUUAAAGGAAGACAGAGCCACUGCACUUCCUAAACAAUGUGGUGUUGAUGUGGGUUUUCUCAUCACCAAGAAGAACUGUAGCAGCAUUGCUUGAGCAAAUGGCAGAGGAGGAAAUAGUACAUUAAAAAGGAGGGAUGCUUGUAAGUAGUUUUCGUGUAAAAAAUAAAAGAGUUUGUUGAAUUUAUGUGGAACAAGCAUUUAAUGAUUAAUGACUAUUUCCAUUUGUUCUUAUCCA